CCGGCAGAGGAAGAGUGGUGUCCAGCAGAGGAGGAGUGGUGUCUGGCCAAGGAGGAGUGGUGUCCGGCAGAGGAAGAGUGGUGUCUGGCAGAGGAAGAGUGGUGUCCGGCAGAGGAAGAGUGGUGUCCGGCAGAGGGCAAUUUGUGUCCAGCAGAGGAGGAGUGGUGUCCAGCAGAGAAGGAUUGUCUAACAAAAGAGGCAGAUCUGGCAAAAGAGGAAGACCAGUCAAAGAAAAAUGGCAUAACAAAGGGAAAUCUGACAAAGACUGCCAGACAUCAGGCAUACAUCCCUUUGACUCUACUGCUCCAGAUUACUCCAUGUUAGACUCAAAGAAACCAAUUCAGUUAGACUCAAUGACGUUACCGUUGAACACCAGUAACACUAUCCUCACUGAAGCCCAAGUACACGUAUCUGCUUUAUCUUCCGACAUACCCUCGGAGGCAGCUGCUGUCUCAAAUUUUCAGGUUGACCCAUUCUUCAAGCACGGAAGUGAUGAUGACACUGGCUUUUUAUCUCAAAAACAUCAGCCAUAUUUAAAGAGCAAGAUAUCUACAAAUAAAGUGUUCCAGUCAUGUAAUGAUAGGCCUAUAACACGUGCGUCUCGAUGCUUGCCUAAUUCUUCCAGCAAAAAUUCGAGCCCAGUGCAACAGGUCAGCCAUCUGGACACCAGUUCUCAGUCAGAUGUGGCACACUCUUCCCGGCUGAGAAAGAAGACUUUGGAGGUGCGCGAUGAAAAUUACACGUUAUUCAAACGCAAGUCUGAUCAGCCUAACAAAUCGCCAAAAAGAACGAAAAUGGGAGAAUGUGUGGGAGCGAACAUUUGUCAAAGCUUGGAGAGCUGUGUGAACAGAGACUUGCCUGUAGUAAAAGAAGAACCAAUAGAUGGUGAUGACCAGGAAGAGGACUCUGUGUCACUUGGUGGAGACGGUCUCCCAGAAGACACACCUCAUAGUGAUGACAAUGUCAGUACCUCGUGUGUUGGGGACGACGAGACCAGUAGAGAUGACACACUCCACACACACACUAACUUCACCAACUUUGCAUGUAAAAAGUGCACCACUAGUGAGCCCUGUAGGCCUCUUGCUGCAGCUUUAAAGACGACGACAACAUCUCCAGGCCAGCGCCAGGCAAAGAGGAAGACAAGGCAUGCCUCCUUUGAACCUUUUGAGAAGGAAGAGAGAGAGCCAUAUAAUACAUGCCAUCCUCAUGCCGUCAAGGAAGAGCAAAAUAUGGCAAGAAAAGUCAUAAGUGAAGAUAAUCCAUCUAGGACUGUGAACACCUGCAGGGGAGCAUAUCUUAGAGAGAUGGAGGAUGCCCUCUAUUUCUGGAUACAGAAUCAGCACAGGAAAAAUAUACCCAUCGAUGGCACCAUCAUCAUUGAGAAGGCUACACAAUUACAGGCAGCCAUUGAGAAAAAGAAUGGGGCCUCAGGUAUUUUAUUCAGUGCUUCGUCUGGUUGGCUGAGAAGCUUCAAGAAGCGACAUGGCCUAAACAUUACGAUGCGUGCCGGUGCUGACCAUACCAUUGUACUGCCCCACCCUGCUGCUGACCAUGCAGGGUCUCACUCUGCUGCUGACUCCACGGCUGCGUCGUCCCACCAUGCUGUUGGUCGUAUUACUGCAUCGUUCAGCCAUGCUGCUGACUGUCCUGCUGCACCAUCUGAUCUGCUGACUGGCCACACUGCUACACCAUCCCACUCUAACGAUGAUUGUGCUGCUAUAUGGUCUUAUCCUGCCCAGUUUGCAGCAAUUAUCAAGGAAGGAUGCUAUUCUCCAGAGCAGGUAUUCACUGUAAUUGAGACUGUCCUUUUCUGGAAGCGUCUUCCUCCCAAGACCUUCCUGAUGAAGGAGGAAAAGGCUGUUUCGGGUUUCAAGGCCUCCAAUGACUAUAUGACUUUGUUGUUCUGCUCAAAUGCAGCGGGGGACUUCAAGCUGCCUCCUCUGCUGGUGUAUCGAUCCCUUUGUCCCCACGAACUCAAGAACGUUUUCAGUCUACCUGUAGUAUGGCGAGCUAACAGCAAGGCUUGGAUGACAUCGGCGAUCUUUACUGAUUGGUACCAGCAUAACUUCAUUCCUGUCGUGGACAAGUACCUGACGUCGAGAAACCUGCCAAGUAAAGCCAUCUUGUUUGUUCACAGUACUCCCAGUCACCCACAAACCCUGAAGGGCACUGUUGAUGGUGACGGAUACCGCCUCGAGUUCUUCCCGCCUGACACCAGCUCUCUGUUGCAGUCGCUCGACCAAGGAGUGAUAGCACAGAUCAAGAGACUGUACACCAAGCAGGUACUAUGGGAUAUGCUUUUGUAUGUUGAAGGCAAAGGUAAUGGUAGAAAAGGAGUGGUUGAAUUUUGGAAAAAAUUUAACAUCAGAAAUGCCAUCUCUAUCAUUACAGACUCCUGGGAGACAGUCGAUUCCCCUUGCCUUCAUGAGACAUGGGAGUUCCUGUGGUCUGAAAUUAUGUCCGACUUUCAUGGUUUUCUUGACUCCCAAGCAGAAAUUUCUGGUAUUGUGAAGAUUGCCAACAGCAUCCCUGGAAAAGGAUUUGAUGAUCUGGUGGCCGAAGACAUCAUGGGGCAUCUGGAAAGUCAAUGUCCCAUUCCCACCCCAGAUGAAGUUCUCGAAUUGAGUACCGAAGCAAUCAUUGAGGGACAUAAUGACGACUCUGAAGUCACUACGUCACAGAUGUCUUUAUUAGCAAUGAGGCAAUUUGUGGCCUAUAUGAACUGUGGUCUUGAAAUUGCUGACAGUGACCCCAAUUUUAGGCGUGCUUCAGUAGCUGCUCGUCAAAUAAGAAAAGUACGUGAAGUUUAUAUCAGGGCCAUCAGUGCUCAGUCUUCUCAGAAGAAAAUGAUACUUUUUUAAGCCAGCAUGUACAUCUAUUCUGUAAAUAAAACUAUAUUUUACAA